AUGCAGCAUGGGCGUCGACGGUUCCACUCCGUGGCCUCGGCCCCGCACUUCGUGACGCCGAGAAGGGCGUCGCCGCUGUUAUGGGCGCGAAGAGGGGCGGCGUCUUCUCCGUCAGGGAUGAGGCAGUCGCACGUGACCCCCUUCUUCGCCGCGUUGUUUCCCACCUGCUUCACGGGGGACGAGGUGGUCGACGACGCCGCUUCCCGUCGGGAGUCCUUCGUGCAGCGCGCCUUGUGUGCAAAGCGGGGGCCGGCUGCUUGUGGCGCAAGCGUUGCAGGGGGCAAGUGGCCCGUCACCACUGCCGCCGCUCCCCCUGCUUCCCUCUCUUUGCGGCCAUGGCACUUGAUUGCGAACUUGAAGCAUGCCGUGCUCUUUGCCUGCAACGACGAGGAGAAGUCCCAGCGUGGCCCGGCGGGUGGAUCUGCAAAAGACUACGUCGGCAGCCGUGAAGGCGAUGGGGAUGAAGCCACAUGCCUGCAGAAGGGCGUCCGCGAGGACGAGGAGGUGAACUGUGGGACUGGAAAAAGACAUGUGACACCUUCCGAGAUUGUUCGGCUCGUGCGUCACUCCCUUCGCAUGGUUCGGCAGCAAAGCACGCGAGCCACGGCGGAUGCGGUGAUGGCGACAGGAGAGAAAGCGCUGCAGGGCACACCACAGUUACAGGAGAUGGAGGACAAGUUGCAAUACGAAAGGGAGGUGUUGCGAAGUGGUCUACAAAAAAUACCGAAAGAGGCGUUGAUGUCAUAUGUGCUUGACGGCGGUGAGGCGAUGGGCGGGGUGUUGGAGCCCGCAUUGGAGCCUUUGCGUCCUGUCUUGAACCAAACAAUGCGAUGCUCCGCGUACGCGUUUCAUCUUACCUUUGAAACGCUGCUACGUCAGGGGCAGGAGUACAUGGCGGUGGAACUUUUUCGUCGCUGGUGGCGCCAUAAUCCACACUUGUUUCCGGUUGAGCUGGGGCCAAACCUUGAGGAGGAUAUAUCCUCAAUGCUUGCUGACGUCAGGGCACAGGGUGACGUCAGCACUUUGCAGUGGAAGAAGAUCUCCAGGCUUCUGGCGCAAAUUCCCUACAAGAAAUACAUGGUCGCAUCUCCGUUGUUCACGCGGGUGAUGAAGGUGGCGUUAUGUCUCGGCAUCCCUGCCCUGGAAGACGAAUUCGUUUUAAAGGAACUCAUUUACAAGGGAGUGUAUAUGACUUGUUGUGCCUCCCGCACUUGUAACCUGGACGACACUGGCCGCAAAGCGGAGCCCUCGGCUUGCCGUACCGAUCUGCAUUUCCAUGCGUUUCAGGAAAAAUACGAGGAUUGGCUUGUGCUCAUUGGGGCAAUAGCUGCAGCGGCGGUGUUAGAACGCCAUGCAGAGGCCUUUUUGCGGGAAAAAGGAGGAGGGGCAACGUACGAUCGCCUUGUACGCUCCGUCUCUGACGAAUACACAACAUUCAUGCAGAGGGCGUCCUGUCCGCAACUAAUGCAUUCUUCUUGGGCCAGCCUCACAGAGAGGUCGAAGCAGGGCGGGGAGACACUAAAGUCAUCGGCGGCGCCAGGCUGGACCAAGCUGCUCUUUACAACUGUGCUUCGUUGCUAUGAAGAGGCAGGUGUAUUUCACGCCUCACCGGUUCGUCGUCCUGGAAAUACGGCGGCACUUUGGCGCCAACUUCAUUUUAAACUGAUUCAGCACUUUCCACAUGUUUUUCACGCCGGAAACACCGUCACAACUUUACUUUCUUUUGCGGCACUCGAAGAGGCGGCAGUUUCUUCGCUAGGAACGCGUCGCUUGAGCUUUUGUGGGAAGGAGGAGGCAUUGUGUUGUUGGCGUCUUGAGUGUUUGUCGGAGCGUGAGGCGGAAAACGCUGGGAGCAGCACCGUUAAUGGGUUCACGCGGCCUCAAUCGAUAAGCGACAUUCCUCUUGCUUCCAGACGUUUGCGGGCUCGCGUUGUCACCGCCCACAGCACUCGCUUCAAGAGUGUCGCGAGCGAAGCCUCCACGGACAGUAACCCCUGUAAAGAUGCAGGGUUGCAUACCCAGCAGCAGCAGCAGCAGCAGCUUCACUGGAAGGACCGAGAGCUAUUUGGCCAGGCGUUAAGCCUUUCUGCCUCCCAGCCCAGCAUUCCUGUCUUCGUGACCCCGGAAGAAGUGAAAAGCUACGCAGCAGACGCCAUGGAUGAGAUCGAGGCCGCCCGACUGAGCAUUAUUGAGAUCUUCCGUGAACAUACGUCGUUGCCCAUGUUGCGCCCCGCAUCUCCUCUUGAGGAGUUAGACCUACAAGAACGUCGAAGUUGCGGUGACAUUCUUGCGGAAGCCUCACAACCGUCCAUGUUCCUGUUUUUGCGUCUUGUGUCGCUCCUGUCAUCCUUCGGCGAGCCCCCGUUGUCUGUCACUGAAGCAGGAGAGAUCGCGGACGAAAACCGGUCCUUUUCCCUGGUGACAUGCAUAGAAGAGGAUAUUCUUCCUUACUGUCAUCCAAGCGUGGUCGCCUUCUUGCGUCGGUGCUGCGCCACAUAUCUCUCGCGCAGUGGGGUGCGAGGGAUUCAGGCGCUCGUGGGUGGACAUCAGACGUUGCUGGAUCAACUCACAGAGGAGGCCGCCGUAGAACGUCUUCUUGUUGGUGUGCUUUGGGGCGGCGACAAUGACACGGCGACGACGCGCUUAGCAAACCAUUACUCAUUUGGGAGCGGUUCUUUGGCGUGGCAGGUCAUUGCCCAGCAUCGUCCGGUUAUUUUUCGCACGGGCGGUCGUUCGCUGUUGGAAAUGGUUCUGUCCCAUUUGGCGACGCUUUCUCUCACCAUUCCAGACGAAUACAGGCGCAUUGUUUGCGUCUCGUCGUACAUGCACCGUGCCGUUGCGUGCUCGAUGGAUGUUGCAAGUAAAUCGCUCUCAGCCCUGCAGAACGAGUUGGAGUGGAAUCCGGCCUCGGCAAGGCACAUUUACAUCUCCCUCUUGGAAUUGCUUGCAUGGGCGAUAGACAGCAAGGCGAAGAAGGCGGCGGCGGCGGCGGCGGCAGUGAACGGCAUAACGCGAGAAGGGCGUACAGCUGGGGCUGGAGAUGAGGCGACUUUUGAGGAUGAAAGCGGGACAAAUCUACCAGCCCUCUUCGACACGGCGCGCCACUGGGGCGUGGUUCAACGUUGCUUUCGUGCGCAGGCGUCGGAUCGCAGAGUGUUUCCUCCCUCCCUUUUGGAGCGCGUUUGCCUUAUUCUUGUGCAUAGCUGCCCGGAUGUGGAGUUGGUGGUGACGUGUUUGCUGGCUUUGUGUCAGCAAUCACGUGGAGGACCCCCGUCUGACGGAGAUUCCCUGUCGUUUGUUACUCCGCGGCUACUUACGAGUCUCUGCUGCUUGUUAGUAAUGAAUGGGGUGAACGGGGCCUCUGUUCGUAAGUGGCGAGAGAAGAACGGCGCCCCUCCCUCUUGGGUUUCUCCUUUGUGUGGCGACGGUGGCGGCUGCGGUGUCGACGCCAGCGCCCUUAACGUGUGGCAUCUGGCGUGCCUUGAGCGCCUGAUGCCAUCAGCGGCCCAACCUCCGAACGCGGACAGGGCGGGGCCUGAUGGAUGCACUGCAGGCUUCCAUUGCGAUGCUGACAAUCCCGCCGUUGGAGUCAAGGAGGCAGCGCAUUUGCUGGGCAGCAUUGUCCUUGACGUGUUGUGCAGUGACGCCCACUGGCGAUCGCUGCGGACCGCCAACUACUACGUGUUUCUUUUUGCUUCGGCGGCGGAGUCGUUGCCGAGGAAAGCUGAGGAUGCGGCUGGCAAGCACGGCAACCAAUCCUCCUUUCCAUUAGGAGUCGUAUUUCCAUCACGGCAGAUGUCUUCUUCCCGACCGACCGGAGUUCGUCAGCGCGUGACGAACCUCAAAGAUGCACUUCGCGAAAUGGGAGCGGAGGGGCGACUGCAGCUUCGCAGUUCCUUGUCACCAGUGACAAAGGGCGGGAAGGGAGUGCUGGAAACGUAUCUUUUGACAGAUGAUGAUGAUGGCGCCGAUGCUGGGGGAGAGGAAGAUGCGGCACGCUUUUUCUCCCGUUCCGGGGCUGGUGGGGUUGGGGUCACAGCACCGCACCCGUCCCAGUGA